GACAUCGUUUACGCAGCCUCCCAUUUCCUGUGUGACGUCCUUCCCGUAUCGACAGGGCCACAGAUCUCGGUAACCAUACGCCCUUUGCUCGUUAUUGCAAACCUUCGUGAAAUUCUACAGAAUGUCUCAGCCAAACGCGCCACUCAGUCACACAGGCGCCGAUCUCUUCAUUCCAUCGAUGGACGAGGAGCGACAACUCUCUCAAGCCGACUUCAACGAAUUAUUCGUGUCAGAUGGCUCAGCACAGCCCAUCUUUUCCUCAAGCAACAGCGAUAUACUCGAUGAGCUCAGUUUUACAUAUGAAAACGGCGCUUUCGCAGGUGUUAACUCAUCAAACAUCUCUACUACUUCGACUCCCGACUUCUCAACUUACGACUUCGGCCAGAACGCCGCGGGAUACCCGACUCCCGGACCAAGUACAACACACCCCUACCCGCUAGAUCUGCAACGAGCCUUCCCAACAACAACCGAUGAUCCAGACUUCAACGAUCGUCCCCGACCUUUACGAUCUCAAACAAACCAUACCUACCUCCACUCAGAACAGCCGUCGCAAGGCUACGGUGGUCGUCGUCGAUCUCUGAGUACCGGCGAUACAGAUCGCAUUGCCGCAGCCAACAACAUUACCAAUCCGACUUUUGUUCGGCUCCAAGCACCGCGUGCGAGAACAGCUACACCGGAACAUAAGAGAAGGCAUGCCGCACACUUCCAGCAUGGAAGAAGUGCGAGUCAAGGUCUGGCGCCGAAAAGAAGGCCACUCAAUCCAACAAGCAUACCGUACUAUGUGUAUAACGAUACACUCAUCGGCGAUAUGUUCUCCACACCUAUCGGUACGCCGCUGAACGAGAUGAUGGAUCACCAGGAUCUGAAACAUGGCACUAGUCACAACAGUGUUGGCAUGAAAGAUGUCGCAGUUCGCUUGGAUAACCCGGUCAUUCGGCGUAUGACACGACCGGACGAACUUGCACGAAGCCGACAGAUCAUCGAGAUUGGCGCUCUAGCGGUCGCCAGUCACUGUACGCUGGAUCCUAGGCUCGGGCUACAUAAUCCUACCACUAAUCGCGCCCGAGCUCUGAAAAAGCUCGCCGAUAUCGAAGAACAUCUAGAAGAUAAAGAAGCAAGAGAGGCUCUUUCGGCAUGUAAGACGAUUCGAGACGCCUUGUCGAAUAGAAUUGAAGCUGAGGUCGUUGACAUAGCAGACGAGUUGGCAGAAGAUUAUUUGGAGGCUCCUAGUAAAGUUCUUGCGGGACCGCAAUGCGACAUGUACGAUUGUCACGAUGACAACGAAAUCAUGGGUUUGUUGAUGAGAGAGAAUGUCAUUGACUGCCAAGAGACUGGAUAAAAUUUAACAGGAUAUCGAAAGCCGAUAAACCUGGGCGUCGAAGGAAUAGAUGCGAGGCGUAGAGUGACUGGGUCGUUAUUGGGGUGAGCGUGUACAUGGUUGGUUUUGGGCUAUACAUGAUGUAAAUAAAUACCUCUGAUGCACGAGAAACCAGUUGUGCUGUACGUUGGUUCUUCAAAAUCAUACCUGACACGUGACCUCGGAUCCUGAUGCUCCUGGAAAUUCGAUCGGCAAACAGAGUCUCACUGCGAAGACUGGG